ACGUAGGCUGCGCCUGCGCGGGACGCAGAGGCCGGGCGUGCGAGUGGGACUCUCCCGCCGACAUGCGCGGGGAGACGCCGCGGGAGCGGGGUGGAGGCUGAGGCGCCUGCGGACAUCCGGCCUGGGCCAGUGAAGAGACCGAGGGAUCCAGCCCGGCUUGGUGUUCUCGUUCUUAGUCAUCGCAUGCCUCGCGGGGGAUGACCCCCCAGUUAGUUCCAUGCGCUUACCUUCGGGGCGAGUCUGACAGGAGUUGAGAUCUCCAUUCCUUUGCUCCAAACCAGAAGACUUUGUUUCCUGCAUAUGGAGUAGGAGUAAUGUUGGUUAGAAACUGAGUGGCGUUUAAAGCUGAAGAUUGUGCUGACUGUUAAAGCUUUACCAUGAAGUAAGAUUAAUUGUGUUGGAAAUACUAAAUUGGGGUAACCCAAAUCUGUCUCUGGAACCAUGAAAAUUUUGCUGGUUUUUGACUUUGACAAUACAAUCAUAGAUGACAACAGUGACACCUGGAUUGUACGAUGUGCUCCAGAGAAAAAGCUUCCUGUUGAACUAAAAGAUUCUUAUAAAAAAGGAUUUUGGACAGAAUUUAUGGGCAGAGUCUUCAAGUAUUUGGGAGAUGAAGGUGUAAGAGAAGAUGAAAUGAAAAGAACAGUAACAUCAAUGCCUUUCACUGCAGGGAUGGUGGAGCUUUUAAAUUUUAUAAGAAAGAACAAGGAUAAAUUUGAUUGCAUCAUUAUUUCAGAUUCAAAUUCAGUCUUCAUAGAUUGGGUUUUAGAAGCUACUAAUUUUCAUGAUGUGUUUGAUAAAGUGUUUACAAAUCCAGCAGCUUUUGAUGGUAGUGGUCAUCUCACUGUGGAAAAUUACCAUGCUCAUUCUUGCAAUAGGUGUCCCAAAAAUCUUUGCAAAAAUGUAGUUUUGGUAGAAUUUAUAGAUAAACAAUUACAACAGGGAGUGAAUUAUACGCAAAUUGUUUAUAUAGGUGAUGGUGGAAAUGAUCUUUGUCCAGUAACCUUUUUAAAGAAGAAUGAUGUUGCCAUGCCACGGAGAGGAUAUACUUUACAGAAAACUCUUUCAAGAAUGUCUCAAAAUCUUGAGCCUAUGGAAUAUUGUGUUGUAGCUUGGUCUUCAGGUGUUGAAGUAAUUUCUCAUUUACAAUUUCUAAUAAACAAGUAAUAUGCCA